UCCUGAUCUGAUUCCUUGAUCCUUGGUCCCGCCAUGGGAGCCUGAGCGCCCCCUGUUCCCCCCUGGCCCCCCGUCCCCGGGCCUUGAGGGGGAAGAGGCAGCGGUUUGGGACGGAGCAGGGGGUGACCAGGCUCAGGAGCCCCCCUCAACACCUCCCCCCCAUCACCCGCGCUGCCCGUCCGGGAGCGUGGAGUUCGGAGCAACCCGGAGCGCUGCGGAUACAAAGGCGCCGGGCCGAGUAGGGCGCCCGCCGAGCCCACCGGGCAGCUCGCAGCGGCGGGAGCGUCGCUUGAUUUUCUCUGAGCCAAGCCCACCCGUCCAGCAAAAUAGAGUCCCUCAGGGUGACAGUUGACUUCCUGAAGGUGCCUCUUGGCCUAAAGAAGCCGGUACUGAAGGAGGUGGCUGUGGGGCCCCCCAAAAGGCCCCAGCCUGCGGCCCUGGAGCGCUACAAGGCGCGGCGUUCGGACGCCAUGGACACCGAGUCCCAGUACUCCGGCUAUUCCUACAAGUCGGGCCACUCCCGCAGCUCCCGCAAGCACAGAGACCGCAGGGACCGACAUCGCUCUAAGAGCCGGGAUGGGAGCCGUGGGGACAAGUCAGUGACAAUCCAGGCUCCAGGGGAACCUCUGCUGGACAAUGAGUCCACGCGAGGGGAUGAGCGGGAUGACAACUGGGGGGAAACAACAACAGUAGUAACAGGCACCUCAGAGCACAGCAUCUCCCACGAUGACCUCACUCGAAUUGCCAAGGACAUGGAGGACAGUGUCCCGCUGGAUUGCUCCCGGCACCUGGGCGUGGCGGCGGGGGCCACUCUGGCGCUGCUGUCUUUCCUCACACCACUGGCGUUCCUGCUGCUGCCCCCACUGCUGUGGCGGGAGGAGCUCGAGCCGUGCGGGACGGCCUGUGAGGGCCUCUUCAUCUCCGUGGCCUUCAAGCUGCUCAUCCUGCUACUGGGCAGCUGGGCCCUGUUCUUCCGCCGGCCCAAGGCCUCGCUGCCCCGCGUCUUCGUGCUGCGUGCUCUGCUCAUGGUGCUCGUCUUCCUGCUCGUCGUCUCCUACUGGCUCUUCUACGGCGUCCGCAUCCUGGACGCCCGGGAGCGCAGCUACCAGGGUGUGGUGCAGUUUGCCGUGUCGCUGGUGGAUGCCCUGCUCUUCGUGCACUACCUGGCGGUGGUCCUGCUGGAGCUCCGUCAGCUCCAGCCCCAGUUCACACUCAAGGUCGUGCGCUCCACGGAUGGGGCCAGCCGCUUCUAUAACGUCGGCCACCUCAGCAUUCAGCGCGUGGCAGUGUGGAUCCUGGAGAAGUAUUACCAUGACUUCCCUGUCUACAACCCUGCCCUCCUCAACCUGCCCAAGUCCGUCCUGGCCAAGAAAGUGUCUGGCUUCAAGGUGUACUCCCUCGGAGAGGAAAACAGCACCAACAACUCCACGGGCCAGUCCCGGGCUGUGAUUGCCGCAGCAGCCCGGAGGCGGGACAACAGCCACAAUGAGUACUACUACGAGGAGGCUGAGCACGAGCGGAGGGUGCGCAAGCGCAGGGCCAGGCUUGUGGUGGCAGUGGAGGAGGCCUUCACUCACAUUAAGCGGCUGCAGGAAGAGGAGCAGAAGAACCCCAGGGAGGUGAUGGACCCCCGGGAGGCAGCCCAGGCCAUCUUUGCAUCCAUGGCCCGUGCCAUGCAGAAGUACCUUCGGACCACCAAGCAGCAGCCUUACCACACCAUGGAGAGCAUCCUGCAGCACCUUGAGUUCUGCAUCACACAUGACAUGACACCCAAGGCCUUCCUGGAGCGCUACCUGGCGGCGGGACCCACCAUUCAAUACCACAAGGAGCGCUGGCUGGCCAAACAGUGGACCCUGGUAAGCGAGGAGCCAGUGACCAACGGCCUCAAGGAUGGCAUCGUCUUCCUCUUAAAGCGCCAGGACUUCAGCCUGGUGGUCAGCACCAAGAAGGUCCCGUUCUUCAAACUCUCCGAGGAAUUUGUGGAUCCCAAGUCGCACAAGUUUGUUAUGAGGUUGCAGUCGGAGACCUCCGUGUGACUGUGCAGCAGGAGGGGGAGGGGGAGACUCUGGGGGGGCUCCUGAGGGUGGCGGGAGGGGCUUGUCUUCAGGCCUGGCCACAUUCCUGCUGCCUUUCUUCCUCUUGCUCUUGUUUUUUUACUUGAAUUAACUUACCCCCAUCUUGUUCCUUGCUUUACCCCGAUGUGAACCCUGAGAGACCAUCCUGCUGCCAGCAGUACCUGAGAAGUCCUGCUUCUUUCCCCCCUUCACUUUUAUAUCCCUCCAGGCCCUGCAGGAAUCAGUGCCUCUCACCAUCUCCUUCCAUUCCCUUUGUCCAAUUGUCAGUCUCUUCUGAAAGGGCAGGGCCCUCCCAAUUGUACCAUCUCCUUUCUGAGACCCCACUCACAAACACAGGUUCUUAUAGAAGUUCUUUCCCAUAGCCCCUGCAAGUUUUUCCCUGAGGGACAAGGACAGGACUCCAGAGAACCACUGUGCCAAACCCCCUGCAGGGCAGCCGCUACCCC